AUACGUCACAGCGCCAUGUUGUAUUCCUGCGCUGAUUGCAGGCACGAGAAAUCUGCCAACCCGUUUAUUUUUCGGGAUUAGUUCCCUAGAAUAAAUCGAACUGCGAUUUUGUACUCAAAUAUAUUUAAAUUUAUAUUUGUUGGCAAAUGUCAAACAGCUUCAGUGAAAUCGAUGCAUCCCAGUUGUCGCAUUUUGAGUGUUAACUCCUAAUUUCAACUGCAGUUUUGUGCAUCCGCGAAAGUUGAAAGGACUGUGUUGUAAAAGAAAGAAGUGAUAAUUAGCCAAAAUUCCGGUCCCUACGCGUAGACGAGAAGGUGCCUACCCGCCGGGGCAGUCGGGCGAAGGAGAAAUGAACAAUAAACGCAAAAAUCGCCAGGGACCACCGAGGUCGCCGAGAGGCCGCGUGGCGGCGGAGGGCGUUUACAACAACGCUCAUUUCAUGCACGCAGCCACCACCCACGUCGGUGAUACGGUGCAGGUUCUCACCCAGUCCGGGUGUCUUUGGGAAGGGGUGUUCAAGACUUUCAGCGCGCAAUUUGAGGUCGUUCUAGAAGUGGCACAUCGCGUCGACCAAGACGGCGUGGUCGCUGUAGAGUCUGUCGUCGACAAGUUGAUCUUCAAGCCUCAGGACGUCGUGUCGAUCAGGGCUAAAGACUCGGACCUCGAAUACGCGACCCACGAUGUGUUUCAAACGGACAGUGUCAUAUCCAGCAAGUUUAACGGCAAUGGCCGAUCGGCCGAGGAGCGCCACCUGGAACCGUGGGACGGGUGCGACGGCGACGCCGGCGACGCCCCGUCCCUGAACGGGGACGCCCGCCUCGAGGACCUGGAGCUGGACCACCGCGCCAACGGCUGGGACGCCAACGACAUGUUCCGCAAGAACGAGGAGGUCUACGGCGUGCUGAGCACUUACGACAACUCCCUGCUGGGUUAUACGGUGCCGCUGCAGAAGAAGGACACCCAGGAUUACAGAGACGCAGAAGCGAAAGCGGAGGAGAUAGCAGCUGAGAUAGAGAGCGCGCCCGCGUACAAGAGCCGCAUAGAAGUGGAGAAUGGCGACGAGGAGGAGAGGUUCGCGGCCGUGGUGCGCCCCGGCGAGGGGGCGCCGGGGAAAUACGUCAUACCCAACAAGAGGAAGAACAUGCAGACGGGCAAGCUGGUGAAGCCUAACAACAACGGGGGGCCGUCGCCGGGCGCGGGCAAGCCGGCGGGCGCUCCGCCUGCGCCCGCGCCGCACAGGGAGCCGCCGCGGGAGCGCGAGCCGCGCCCGCCGCGACACCACCUCACGCCGCCCGCCCGGCUCGACGCCCAGCCGCCCGUGGCGAGCAGCGCGGCGCCGCCCAACGCAGGGCCGGCCAAGAGCUACGCGGGGCAGGCGGCCGCCUACCACUACCACGCGCACCAGCCGCACCACGCGCACCACCACCCGCCAGGAGUGGCGAAUGUAUCGGUCAACGCAGCGCCGCCGGCCAGCAAACUGAACGGCACUCCGCAUGUUAGACAUCCACCGCCGCACAUACAUCACAAUCCCCCACCGCCGGUAGUGGACACCCACAGACACCACCCACCACCGGAGCCGAGGAGACAAGAUGAAGUUCAGGAAUUGCGUCGUUUCGGUCAGGAGUUCAAACUGGUGACGGUGAGCGCCACCGGUGCUCCUGCGCAGACGCACUCGCCGCCCAACGCUCAUACACCGCCGCAGCCGGCGCCGGCCGCGAGCCCGCCGGAGGUGUCGGCCAACGCGGCCGCGGAGCCCCACAAGCGGCCGCCCAAGCAGGGCUCCCCGCCGCACCAUCACAAACCGCCGCCCGCGCCGGGCGCGGAGCCGCCGCCCGCGCGCUCCCCGCUGGCGCCCGCCCCCGCCCCCGCCCCCGCCCCCGCGUCCCCCGCGCCGGCCGCGUCGCCGCCCGCCGCGUCGCCGCCCGCGCCGCUCGCCGCCGCGCUCAAGAAGUCCACGCUGAACCCCAACGCGAAGGAGUUCAACCCGGCCGCCAAGCCGUUCACGCCCAGGAGCCCGAGCACGCCGAAUCCGAGCAGGCCUCACACGCCGGGCACGCCGGUGGGCGGCGUGGGCGGGGUGGGCGGCGUGGUGGGCGUGGGGCUGGGCGGCGUGGGCGUCAUGGGCGCCGGCGUCAGCUACGUGCCCGCGCCGCACCCGCCGCCGCCGCACAUGAUGACCGCAGUCCCGACAUAUAUGGUUCCCGCUCAGCAGCCGCCAUCUUAUUUGCAGCACCCUGCGUUGGCGUAUGGAGCUAUGGGCGGCGGCGCAGGAGUCGCCGGCGGAGCGGGACAACAUGGACCAUUACAGGCACAGCAACAGAGAAACUUUAGGAAAAUGGGCGUGGGGUCGGGCAUGCAGGUGGCCGCGGCGACGGGCCAGCCGCUCCUGGCGCCCGCGCCGAUGCAGCCGUUCGUGCCGUACGCGCACCCCCACCCCGGCCCCCACCCCGCGCAGCCCGCCAUACAGUACCAGCACAUGGUGCGUAUGUACGGCGGCGGCAUGCCCGGCGGGGUGGGCGGCGUGGGCGUGUCCGGCGGCGAGGUGGGCUACGCGGGCGCCCCGCAGCCCUCCCCCGCGGCCGCGUCCCCCGCGCUGUACCCGCCGCCGUCGCCCGCGCACACGCCGCACCCCCACCCCCACCCCCACCCGCAUCCGCACCACCACUACCAGCAGCCGGCGCAGUUCCAGGUGCUGUGCCCGCUGAUGGCGGCGCCGGGCGGCGCGGGCGCGCACCACCACCUGCACCACCACGCCGUGUACCACAACCACCCCAACACCGCCUCCCCGCCGCACCACCACAUGCAGCAGGUCCUCCUCCCCGGCCAGUCGUCGGGCGGGACCCCCCCCGGGCCGCACGCGUCUCACCCGUAACCCGCCCCGCUGUCCCGCCCCGGGACUCGAACUCGCGCCAGCUAAUGAUAGGGUUCACUACCUACUGUACACCUAUAUGUAAUGUAUAACAUAAUUAUGUAUCCUCUUAUUGGUUUGUGACGAGAUAUUGACGUCGCAUUUGAAGGUUUUUUUUUUUUGGGGAACUUUUUGGAAUAAUGAAAAACCCCGCUAUACCUAUAUAUAUAAAUAUAUAAAUGUUAUCUAUAAAAUGUAUCCACUAUUGGUUUCUCGAGGUUUUAAAGUCAUAUUCUCGUACCUUUCUUGUUUGACGACGCUACACUGUAUUAAUUUUGUAAGGGGAACUUUUUUGACGCUGCAUUUAAAGGUUAUUUUUUGGGAAAGUUAUAGGAAUAAUGAAUAAACCUACUAUAUAAUGUAAAACAUGUAUCCGCUGUUGGUUUCUCGACUUAACGUCUUAAUUUUUUGGGGUUUCUCGCUACAUAUAUCUAUAUAAAUUAUAACAUGUAUUCUCAAUUGCUUUCUCUAUGUUUAUUUUCAUUUAUUUUUUGGCGGAAUUUACUUACUACCUACAUUUUAUAUAUCAUUGUAAACAAUGUAAAUGUCUGCAAUUUCAUUCUUAAGUAUUAAUAACUUGUAUCUGCUAUUAGUUUCUCGAGUACUAUUCGCAGUAUACAAUGCUGAACUUGAUUACUGUUUGUGAGUU